AUGGGCACGCAGACCCCCAAGCGGCGGCCGGUCGGUGUCUCGGCGUUCCUUACGCCGUCCCUUGUUCUUGCCGCGACCGUAGCCACGGCGCUUAGGCAGCUGGGGGUGCCGGUUGGAGGGCUGUCGUUCGCGGUUUGGCUGUACCUCGUGCUUGACCUCCUGGCGUUUAGGUUUAGACGCGCCCAGCCCGGGCUGGAACGGCCCCAGCAAUCCUCCUCGAACACCACGGUGGCGGCAACUCAGGCCUCCGCGAGCGCUGACGGGGGUACCAAGAAAACGCAGUCUCAGGAAGCGAGCGGCGGUGCUUCGGCGGCUGAGCGUAGCGGGCGGCAAGCGGUGUCGGGGCCUCCGGCGAAGCCGGCGACCACAACAACGUCUGCCGUAGCUGCGCAGACUGCGGGGCUCAGACUUUCCAUGCUGGGCGAAGACAUCUACGUCAACGCCGAGUCGCCCUUCGAGUUCGAGAACGAUUUCUUCAAGGGCAGGAUGCUCUUCCUCGUCAAGUGCAACCCCCCGGACCCCAAGUGGGCCGCUCAUUUCGAGGGCAGCAACAGCAACAGGGCUUUCGAGAUGCAGAUACAGGGGAAGCUCAAGCUGCUGCCCAAGGGCGAGGUUUACAUGGGAGGCGAGCUGGACGAGCGGCCGAAGCAGGGGCUGGUCACCCAAACCGUCUCCAAGAUCGUCAUGAGCUUCGCCAAGCAGAUGGUGAAGAGCCUUCACUACAGCUUCGGGGAGAGGCGUCCCCCGUCAGACCCCCUCGAUGUCGAGAAUCCGCACGUGACCUUCCCUCUGUACAGGGUAAUGGACUGGUUCGUGGUGACAGCAGAAGACGAGAAGCCCCCAACCCUAGGCGGUGCCUUGACGGAGUCGGCUGAGGAGAGGGCCGCAAGGAGAGGGGGGAAGAGCCCCGACAUCGUCUGGAGCACCGACGUCACCUACACCAUGGCCUUCCAGAGCGGCAUCGUAAACUUUCAGGACUGGGCGGUGACGGACGUCCCCGGCCAGGGUAACCUGGACCUCAACACGUUCCUGUGCAAGCAGCCGGUUAGCGUAGUGGUGUACGACUUCACGGCGGCAAACCCGUCCGCAGCGACGCACAAGGCCAGAGACAAGUCGUACAUGUUCAGAUGCACGAUAUCAAACGAUUCCCCAGGGCAGGUCGCCCGCCCGGCCUUGGCGGCGGUAGCGGCACAAGGGCCCGCAGCAUCUCCAGCGGCUGCGGCAGGCGGGGUGGGCACAGAGAAGAAACAGGACGGUGGCAGGGUUAAGGAAUCGGAAGAUGGUGUGGGGUUAUCUGGGUCCUCCGGGGACACGGGGGCGAGCGAGGUCACGAUGGCCGGGAUAUUCGACCCUUCGGACGAACACCCUGAGCAAGACAAGGAUAAGGAACGAGGGGGGAGGGCGUCAUCGACGGCGACGAGCGGGCUCCCGCGCUUCGACAGCACGGGAUAUCUCUCGGGGGCGAUCUCGGCCGGAGGGCUGUCGUCGGUGUCGCAGCUGGCGGCGCACAAGUCUUACUACGUCCCGGCGGUUGCCGCCCCGGACGAAAAGGAGGUCAGCGGGAAGGGCCUGGUCAAGAGUGGCGUUGUCCUCCCGCUCCUCAUGGGCGGAGUCGGCGAGAACCGAUUGCAGCAGUCGCCGACUCGCCAGAGCACCUCUACGUCCUACCACGACUUCCUCGGCGAGGGUAACGGGGGGCGCGUCGCUAUGAGGAGGGGUACUGCCAUGCCUGCCGGCCUCCAGGUGGUGAAGGUGGGCGGAGGCGAAGGAACCUUCCGAUCGGACUACCUUUACGACGGCGAUGUCAUCGUUCUCCAUCACCCGGAGAGUCGGAAGUUCGUGAGAAUCGGCAGAGGGUGGGCGCUCGGAUGGUCUUCCAAGGCGUCAGCAUCGAAGAUUCACUUCGUCGUGAGCGGGAUAGAGCCGAGCCGUCCCCUUGCCCACGGGCAGACGUUCUUCCUCAGGUCUAGGAAGUGGCCGGACUGGAAAGUGGGGGUCGCGCGGCAGACGUCAACCAAAGUGGGGGGCAGGGGACUCGGGUGCUUCAACAAGGGGAAGCGGCGAAAUACAACUCGUCUCUCUCUCCUCACUCUCGUGGCGAGGCCUUGGUUCGAUCCGGACAAGGAGGGCGUUAUCCCGGCGCUGGAGGCAGAGGCAGACGCGAUCACCAUCUCGGUCAGGGGCCCGUUCGAAGACUUGGUUUCGGGAGAGGACGAAGAAGACGAGGAAGAAGAAGAAGAAGAAGAAGAAGAAGAAGACACCAAGUCUGAGGUGGAUGAGGGCGAGUACGACUCCGACGUCGACCGCACGGAGGUGGACCGAGGGCUCAAGACCCAGACCUCGCUCUCCGAAGACGGGAUCUCAGCAAAGGCUGCACGCGCGAUGCAGUGCUACCCAGAACAUGUUACCUCUCUUCGAGUGAGCGUGCCCGCCUGGGUGGAGUUCCUGCACCGUGAAAGGCGCCAAGGCCAGCUGGCGUUCCUCCUCGCCGUCCACGCCACCGUCCCACCACCCCCGUCGUCGACGUCGUCAUCCCCGCCACCAACGUCACCGAUGUCCGCCACGACCAGCGAGCCUUCUGAGGCUGCGGCCGGCAGUGCGGUUGUGGGUACCCCCGAGGACAACCCCACCAGCAGCGGAUCCCCCACCAAGACCGCUGUUGCUGCUGCACCAGGGGACGGUGCGGCCGUGUCCCCUUCCCGGGGGAAGCAGCCUCCUGCGCCCGCCUGGACGUGUGUGAAGACGGGCAGGGAGCUGUCUGGUGCCGUGCAGGCCUUCCGGGAGAACGUCGCCGGCAGCGUCGCGGCGGGGAUGUGGCGGCCGAGGCCGAGGCCCAGAGUGAUCAAGCACAUGGGCACGGCGGACCAGAGCGUUCGGCUGUUGAACCACGAGAUCUCCGAGAUGCAGCGGUGGGAGGCGUCCUUCAGGGGCGGGGAUGGUAGCGCGGCAUCCCCUCCCACGAAGGCUGCCCCUUCCCCCGGCUCUGCCGGCACUCUCGAGGCUGACCCGGACAGCGGUUCCGCUACAGGAGGGACGCUUUCGGACGGGUAUGGCAACGUGUCGUCGCCGCCCCGCCUCCGUUCUUCUGCAACCGACCUGGGAAACAGUAUUACUGGUGGUCUCCAUAUCGGGACGAGGAAACAAAGACCAAAACAGAGGGUACGCAGAACAAGUGAACGUAGCGACACAAAUUUAUCGGAUGCUGCGCUCAAUACCACCGGCAGAGGCUCCACCUCGUCGGCCGGUCUCGGUACCGAUUCGGGUGCCAGGAGCGGCGUGACUACUGGUUCUUCUAGUGCCCCGAGCACGCCGAAACCGGAAGGGGUUUCCACGGACGUUGGGAGUCAAGGAAGGGGGGUGACCGCGCCGUAUCGGCUGCUCUGCGAGUCGGUCACCCUUCCAGGGGAGCUGGACCGUCACUUCUUGAGCGGCUCGAGCGCGAGCGACCUCGGCGUGACCGUGAUGAUUUCGAGCACGCUGCCGAUCCUCGGCUCGGCUGUGGCGCGGUGUCUGUGGGAGUCGCAUUGGCGAGAGGAGUGGGCGGUCUUGCUCCCGUCGCACGUGGCCUGCUACAUGCCGCUGUCCAGGAAGCCGGCGUGGGUGCUUCCGCUUAGGGCCCUCCACAAGGCGUCGGCGGCGUCCGACGAGCGCUGCCCUCUCCCCGGGCUCCGCUGCCUCUGUCUCGAGACCGUCGGGCGCGCGCACUACCUUUGCUUCACCAGCCGCACCUCGAGAGCACAAUUGUGA